UACUCGACAGUCGACAGUCAAACGCUCGCGUCAUCACAGACGGUCGCAUCAACCAGUGUUUCUUUAUCGUCUAUUAUCUUACGUAUCACGCAUUUAUCGGUAUCGUCAUAGUUAUUUAGUGCACAUGAAAAUUUUGUGUAGUGGAUGUUAAUAACAAGGUGUUGUGUUUCCUGUGACCGUCGCCGGGCGGAGUUGAGGCCGUAGUGGCUUAUGGUUCAGGCAGAGGGGAGCGGCCGGCGCCGCUAGGAAAAUGUCGAUACCCCUCGGCCGGGAGACUGUACUCCCCACGCAGUGUAUGGCGCGAGCGUUGUACGACAAUAUAGCAGAGUCGCCUGACGAACUGGCAUUCAGACGAGGAGACCUGCUCACCGUGCUGGAGCAGAACACGGGUGGCAGCGACGGCUGGUGGCUCUGCUCGCUGAGGGGCAGACAGGGCAUAUGUCCGGGAAACCGCCUGCGUAUAGUAGCCGGGGUGUUCGAUGGAAGCAGCACACAAAGGCGACGGACGCGGACACCUACACCUGUCGCCCACCAACCCUUGCCAACGCAGUCACCAGCCUUUACAAAAAUCGAAGAAUGUUCACACUACGACGUACCUCGCGCGCCCAUGCCAGUCCAGCGUCUGGGCACAUACGACUUUCCAAGGCCAACCGCUGACUGGUACGACGCACCAAGAGCGCCACGGCCCGCCAGCGCUGACUCCGCUUGCAGCGGCACCGGAUCACUUACCUCAGCAACGUCUAGCGCUUCAGCAAAUUCGGGAAGUUCGGCCCAUUCAGCAGCGUCCGCUUCAAGCACAUAUGAUGUGCCACGGUCGCGAGCGUUACCUCUACCGUGUGAUGCAGCGCUCGAAGCACUUGAAAGAUUACAAGAAGAAGCAUCAGCAGCAGUAUCUCGACUUCUUUCAUACGUGUCCCCUGGAUGGCGACGGCGAGGCGCAUUGCGACCCCGCGUUCUAGACGUACGCGUCGCUGGCGCUAGGUUACGCGCCGCGUUACACGAUCUCGCUGUGUUUGCUGAUGCUACAUUGGCCAAUGCACACGAUGCACAAGACAAAGGUAUCGCAGUAAAAUUACGGCCCCUAGUCAAGGCGCUGAAGGACGCUGAGCGUAUUACGCAUGAGGCCACCAGCGCCCUGGAUGCAGGUGACUGGGCCCCAGAAAGGCUAGAAAGGGACCGAGAGCCUACAGAUGGAACCCAGGAUGCGUUGGAUCAGCUCGUGGCGUGCGCCAGGUCUUUAACUGAGGAUGUAAGGCGUGCAGCGUCAUUUAUACAUGGAAAUGCUUCGUUAUUAUUCAGACGAUCAGCAACAGUCCCUGAACACGAAUGGACAGAGGAGUACGACUACGUGCGUCUGGAGUCGCGAUCGGCGGCUGGACGACGGAACGCAGAAAUACGGGCAGCACUCCCUGACAAAUUACGCGCUUCGUUUGACGCGUUAGUGAGGGACGCAGACCAUGCCGGCGAGGUGAGCGCGGUUGCUGCUGCCACUCGUCUGCCUCCAGACGAUCGUCAAUUGGCUGCUUUUUACGCGGCUCAGACCGCUACUUACGGCGCUCACUUGUCUACGGCCGUCGAAGCAUUCCUCAGAACCAUAGAGAUGGGACAACCUCCAGACGUGUUUUUGGCACAUGGCAAGUUUGUGGUGCUUAGCGCGCAUAGGAUAGUGCAUGUUGGCGAUACUGUGCAUAGGAGCGCCCAACACGCUGGCUUAAAAGCGAAGAUGCUGCGAUGUUCAGACGCGCUCUCCGAUGCUUUAGCUGCAACAGUCGCAAAAACCAAAUCCGCAGCACAACAGUUCCCUUGCGCAAACGCCGUAGCAGAGAUGGCGGAAGCUGCAAGGCAUCUUGCUUCCCGCGCUCAAGACCUCCGCAGGACUUUGGUGAGAGCCGCUGAGCCCCCUCAAGACACCCCCGCUACUACAGUGCCCCCUUCUUCCACGACGACCCCCCUUACGCCCCUGACCCCAAUCACACCCAUUGCCCCACAUUUGGGAACGCCCUCUCUCCCAGUUCUAUAAAGCUGUAGCUUAGCUUAGGAUUUGAUUUAUGGAAUUCAAGCGACAAUAUGACAUAGAAUUUAGACCGGUAUGGUUAUUACGAAAUUGCUGACGCUUUAGGGGUUAUUAUCGCAUGAGCGCUUUUGUCAUAAACGAAGCACAACAGCAUGAUCAUUCCAUAUAUAUUUGGAUAAUGUUCAUAAAUAAAACAACAGAAAGCCUUCUCGAGCCUUUAUCUUAAGAACAUCUUCUUAUUGCAAUAAUUAUGGUUCGACAAGUGCUAUGUCGACGAUAGUUAAAUUAAUGAAUUUCUAUUCAAGUUUUACAACUGGCUUUGGCAGGACAUCGAGCGAUUGUAAUGAUAGUAUACCAUACUAUCGGUAGGCCCGCUUGAUUUCGUAAUAACACUACUGAAGCGGACUUGACUGUACUUAAAUUGUUUUGUACGUAUAUCGUGCUGGGCACUGAGGAGCUGGCUUCCUCUUCCAAUAAACCAAAGAAUUUCAUGCGAAUGCGGUGUAAGGUAUUGCCAUUAAUUUUCGAUAAAACGGUCAUAGCUGGAUGCUCAUUUGCUUGAGUUGAGUUAUCCGUCCAGUAUAAAGCGUACAAAUUGUACUCGUAGUUGCACUUUAUCGACGUGAAUGUUUAGUAAAUGUCAAUGUCAAGGGAAAAUGGCGUAAUAAAUAUACUAUCCGAAUGCCUAGGGUUCACUCAAAUAUAAAAUAGUUUAUAUUAGAUUGACUUUUGUGUAUUCGGACUUAAUAUUAAUGUGAUUUGAUUUAUGUUCCUUUAUUCACGGCCAAGUCUAGAAAAUUCAAUAGAAAUGUGCUCAAUAUGUUCAAUGUUAGUUUUAAUAUCGCAUCACUGCCAUUUUAUAAGAAAUUAAGAUUAGACCCAAAUUUCAAUUUUAUACCACCGUAUAGGUACAAUAAUUAGGAUUUAUAGACGAUUUAGACCAUUUUACAGCGUUCGCACUAAAAUAGAAGUAGCGUACAUCAAUGGGACUCAUAGUUACUCAGUUCAAUUACUAAUAAUUUCAGAAAUGUCAAAUGAUAUGCAACAUUGGUACCAUGGUCCUUAAUAUUCCUUAUAGUAUAAUUAUUGGUAUAAAAGUUUUGCUCGCCAACUAACUAGUUAAUUUAAAUGCUUAAUACCGAUUCCUACCAAUUUACGAACUGAUCCUAAAGUAUAUUUACUUGCAUUAUAUAACUCAUUGAUCUGCAUUGCCCAAAAGACUUCAAUAAAUCUGUAAAUAUUUGGGAUUGACAUACACGAGUAGCAAAUCUGAGUUUCAGUGUACGCUAUGAGCUAUUACAAUAAAACGCAUCAAGCUAAAGUGAUACCGGCAUUUGAUGAAUAAACGUAGGUAUAUAUCAGUGUAAAAAUCAUGUUGUAUAUUAGCUAUGUGUAAUAUAUUUCCUAGAUGUUGUAUUUUAGUUAGGUUUAGAUGAAAUUGUACAAAAUGCAUAUUAAAUAAUUUUAUCGAUUGUAUUAUAAUUUAAUCAUCUUGUAAAACGCAAUCAAGUUAA